GCCUUAGAACUCACACAGGUACUACUAUUUCACUCGCUCUACUACUAACCCAACCCAGCAAGCAAAGCACAAGAACACCCCAUUUGCUUAUCAGCUAUGGCUUCCAAUUUGCAGAAGGAAUCCACUUCUUCCGAUGAGAGCAAAAGUUCUAAACCGGAAACAUUGACCACCGAGGACAAAACUUUGAAGCCAGAAGCUUCUGCUGGGGGGUCACAACCAGCACAGUCUGGAGCUUAUCCUGCCACUAUGCCAGGACCUGGGUUUGUCCCACCCAAUCCAUUUGAUUUCUCAGCUAUGAGUGGCCUUCUUAAUGAUCCAAGCAUCAAGGAACUAGCUGAGCAGAUAGCAAAAGAUCCUUCAUUUACCCAAAUGGCAGAACAGCUCACUAAGACGUUUCAAGGGGCAGCGACUGAAGAUAGCGUGCCGCAGUUUGAUCCACAGCAGUACUAUUCAACCAUGCAACAAGUUAUGCAUAAUCCCCAGUUUAUGAACAUGGCUGAGCGCCUUGGUAAUGCAUUAAUGCAGGAUCCAGCUAUGUCUAGCAUGCUUGACGGUUUGACUAAUCCUCAACACAAAGACCAGAUUGAGGAAAGGAUGGCACGUAUGAAAGAAGAUCCAUCGUUGAAACCUAUUCUAGAUGAAAUUGAGACUGGUGGUCCUGCAGCAAUGAUGAAGUACUGGAAUGAUAAAGAUGUUCUGAAGAAGUUGGGUGAAGCAAUGGGUCUAGCUGUUUCAGGAGAUGCAGCCACUUCUGCCAGUUACUCUGCAGCAGAUGAAGGUGACGAAGUAGCGAAUGAGGAUGAAUCGAUCGUACAUAACUGUGCUAGUGUCGGUGAUGUUGAGGGUCUUAAAGCUGCUCUAGCCUCUGGUGCUGACAAGGAUGAAGAAGGUUCAGAGGGAAGGACAGCAUUGCAUUUUGCAUGUGGAUAUGGUGAGGUGAAAUGUGCUCAAGUCCUUAUUGAAGCUGGAGCAAAAGUUGAUGCUUUGGACAAAAAUAAGAAUACCGCGCUUCAUUACGCAGCUGGUUACGGAAGGAAAGACUGUGUGGCCCUUCUACUGGAGAACGGCGCUGCCGUCACACUCCAAAACAUGGACGGGAAGACGGUCAUCGACGUUGCGAAGCUGAACAAUCAGCACGAGGUGCUUAAGUUGCUUGAGAAGGAUGCGUUCCUGUGAGCCGGGGUGCUGCCAAACAGAAAGUGUAUGUGCAUGAGGUAGGGGCAUUUUCAAUGUGCUAUUAGAGAAAAACCAAAACAAAUUUGCUUUCAAUUUUAUGUGGUGGUGGCACAGCUCAACCUGUUGUCUAUGCUGUCUGGUUGCUACAUAUAGCACAUUUUCUUUUAAAGUUUGUGUUUAUUAAUUAUUUUUCUGCUAUGUGGUGGAAUGUGUUCAUGUGGACCGUCCAUGAUUCCCACUAGUUCAUUGAAUCAACAUUUUACA